ACCCGCGGGCGGUACACAGAAAUGCGAGGAACAUGUCCCUCGCAUGUGUGUGGACCAGAAUGAUCUUCCUGAACCUACCAGCCAAAGCAAAGCAUAGAAGACCUUUCGCCCCUCCCUCCGCAAUCUCUCACUAGAGUCCCUAGAAUCACCGCAAACUCGGCAAAGAGAGGGAGAGCUCUCUCAUCCUCCCUUCUUCCUCUUUUCCAUUUGUGGGUUGGUGUGGGUCGGCUCCGUGCUCAAAGAGAUGGCGGCUGUGAGUAGCGUGGCCUCCUCGAGAUUUCUGCCCCACUCCGCGCCCGCCAAGAGCGGCACCCACAGGCCCAGAUCAAGCCAUCGCCUCCCCUGCAAGUGCGAGCCCUCCUUCCGCCCCCGGCGGAGCAGGAGGCCUUCGUCAGUGGCGGCGGCGGCGGCCCUGGCGGCGGAGGACCUCGACGUCAUCCCCGUCCGGAGCGCUGACUCAACCGACCAGCAGGACGGGGUCGUCGUCCGCGCCGCCGCCGAGGUCGGGAGGGAGCAGGACGACGACGCUCUUAACGCCGGCGGUGCCACCCACGUUGGUGGGUUUGCUUUCGAGAGCGGAGCCGUCGGCGGGGGCGGGGGCGGGGGCGGAUUCGGUCCUUCUCCCUCCUCCUCCUCCUCCUCAUCUUCGUCGAUGAUGGGACCCGAGGGGGAGGACCUCAGCAGGAUGAUCGAUCGGGCCAUCAACGCGGCGAUCGUGCUCGCGGCUGGCACUUUCGCCAUCACGAAGCUGCUCACCAUCGACAGAGAUUACUGGCAUGGUUGGACCCUUUAUGAGAUCCUUAGAUAUGCACCUCAACAUAACUGGAAUGCUUAUGAGGAGGCAUUGAAAACAAACCCUGUUCUGGCCAAAAUGGUGAUAAGUGGAGUAGUUUACUCUGUAGGAGAUUGGAUUGCACAGUGCUAUGAAGGAAAGCCACUAUUUGAAUUUGACCGUGCCCGUAUGUUCAGAUCUGGUCUUGUCGGAUUUACGCUUCAUGGAUCUCUUUCUCACUAUUAUUAUCACUUCUGUGAGGCUCUAUUUCCGUUCCAGGACUGGUGGGUGGUCCCCGCCAAAGUCUUGUUUGACCAAACUGCUUGGUCAGCUAUAUGGAACAGCAUUUACUAUGUUGUCUUGGGCUUCCUUCGACUUGAAUCUCCGGCUAGUAUAUUCAGUGAACUAAAGUCUACGUUUUGGCCAAUGCUUACUGCAGGGUGGAAGCUUUGGCCUUUUGCACACCUGAUAACUUAUGGUGUCAUUCCAGUUGAACAAAGACUUCUCUGGGUUGAUUGUGUGGAGCUUGUCUGGGUUACCAUAUUGUCAACUUAUUCAAAUGAGAAGUUUGAAGCAAGAAAUUUGGAAGCAGCGUCGGACUCCCACCUGAGAUCUCUCUCUUCUACUCCCGAGGAGUCUUCCAAGUAGAUUGCCAAAGCUAGCUGCAUGUUUAUUGGACAUGCAGGGUAAGCUGUCUCAGAUUUAUCUAGUCGGUUCAUUCAAAAUUGUGUAUAUUGUGCUUAUAAUAAUAAUGUGAUAAUUUUAUAGUUUCCCUUCCCAGUUUAGAAGACGUCGUUUGUGUAUAUCAUUCCUAUUUGCAACAAUAUAUGCGACACUUUUUUGCAAACAAAAUAUUAAACAAGUUUCUUUUGUCGAUUUA